UCUGCUAUCUAUUAGUCAUCCUACGUAGCUACGUAGCAAAAUCGCGCGGCGUGUGUUUCUCUGUUCUGACAGACUAAUGUGGUUCACCAGAGAUUUGUCUCAAAUACAGACUCGAAAGGGGCUAAACUAACUCAACAGAUCGGCUGCAAAAGCAGCAGUUUCUGUGCUUGAAAAUGAGCGACGACACAGACACCCCUCCUGAGAGGGAAAUGAAGGAUUUCCAGUUUCGCCAGAUGAAGAAAGCGAGAGUGUUUGAGCCCACUGAAGACUUGCCAAAAGAUAGAUCGAGUCUGCUGACGGUCUCAAACAAAUUUGGUUUGACUUUUGUCGGGCUCGACCGGACGUUCAAAGUUUACCUGACACGAGACCUUCUGGCUGCUGACAGAUUUGACGGCAACUCCAAUGAAAUAGUGGAGGGGAUAGCAGCAUUGGCGGAGGUGACUGUGGACCUUGCUCUGCACCACUUGGCCCUCAGUUGUGAUGAACUCACUCUGUCAGUAUGUGGCCUGUCUGAGGGGGCCGGUUUGUCCCUCACCUUCUAUGACGUCCGCACCUUCAUGAACAAGGCAAGACCACAGAAGUUACCUUUUGCAUCACUGCUGCCAGCAGUACCCACCGGCACUCUGGUGCAGGACCUGAAGUGGAAUCCUGCUCAGGCAUCCAUGUUGGCUGCCUGCAUGUCUGAUGGCAGCAUGCAAAUUUUGGACGUCACUGACGGUGCCAAAGUGCUGGCCCAGCUACCGGCCUCAAGCGGCAUCACGUGCAUUUGCUGGAGUCCAAAAGGAAAACAGGUUGCCGCAGGAAAAAUGAAUGCCACAGUCAGUCAGUACACACCAGCUCUUGAAGAAAAGAAAGUUAUCCCAUGUCCACACUUCUACCCCUCUGAUGAACCCGUAAAAGUUCUGGAUGUGCUGUGGCUGAGAACUUUCGUGUUUGCAGUGGUAUAUGCUGCUGCAGAUGGCUCCCUCGAGACACCUCCUGAGCUAGUGUUGAUCUCCCUCCCUAAGAAGGAUGAGAAGAUGGAGACAAAGUAUCUGAACUUCAGCGACACGGUGUACGGCAGCUGCACUGAGCGACAACACCACUACUUCCUCAGCCACGUAGAGGACUGGGACCUUGUGUUUGCAGCAUCAGCAGCUUCCAUUGAAGUCAGCGUUAUAGCCAGACAAGAGGACAAGAUAUGGGAGCUUUGGAUCCUGGAGGAUGCAAGCAGGGCUGAGCUUCCAGUGACCGAGACGAAUGAAGACACGCUUCCCCUUGGUUUGGCAAUAGACUACACCAGCCAGCAGGAGAUCCACAUUACUGAUGAAAAGACCUUGCCCCCGGCGCCCAUAAUGCUAAUGCUAUCAACGGAGGGAUUACUCUGCCCAUUCGCUCUGCUCAACCUCAAUCCUGGGGUUAAGCAACUGGUCUCAGCCCCUACUGCCCUCGCCUUGGAGGGGGAGAGACUGCCCAAGCCAGGUUCUUUGGUGACCCAGCCUCCCAAAAUUCCUGCCUCUAUCACAUCUGUCCCACCAGCAUUCCCAAACCUCGGUCUUACUUUAGCAGCUGCUUCCACUCCUGCACCGCCUCCUGCCUAUUCAUCCGCUGCCCCAUUCAGCAUCGCUCCCUCGGCUCCUGUAUCGUCAUCGUCAUCAUCCUUCACUUUCUCGGUCCCAACCACAAACUCCACCGCUGGCACUUCGGCUUUUUCUCUUGGGGGUCCCACACCAUUUGGCUCUGGAUCAUCAAGCUUCUCCUUUGCUUCCAAACCUCCCUCUGAUACUCCGUCAGCGCCUUCAGCAUUUUCUUUCACUCCCUCCAUCAAACCAUCAGUAGUGGCUCCGGCUCCAUCUCCAACACCCCAGAGCCUUGCCGCUCCCUCCCCACCAACUGUGAAACUGAAUUUAAAUGAGAGGUUUUCAGCAUUGGAGACCCCAGCACCACCGUCUUUCUCCUUCAAUUCCUCCCUUCCCAAAGCUGUUGUCUCUAAUUCCAGUAGUCUGACCGCCCCUCAACCGUCAGUCACUAAGCCACCAGCUGUAUUAACCCCGGUGCGUCCAGUUCAAACCAGCACACCACCGACAAUCGUGCAGAAACCUGCUCCUGCCAUCCAAGCCCAUGUCCAAACAUCACAGGCAGCUGUUAGUGUGAAGGCCCUGGAGAAGCAGCUACAACAGAAGAAAGACUCUGAUCCAAUUAUGGCCGGUAUAUUGGAGGAGAUUGCACACUUCCAGAAGGAGCUGGACGACCUGAAGGCACGAAGCGCAAGAGCCGACUUCAAGGUUGGCACCAAUGAGGAGAUGAAGGAGUUGAGGAAGGAGUCCGAGGACCUCCAUAUUUUCACUCUGGAGAUUAAGGAAACAACAGAGUCUCUCCAUGGGGACAUUGGUACACUGAAGACCACCUUACUGGAGGGUUUUGCUGGGGCAGAAGAAGCCAAAGCACAGAGUGAGCUCAGCAAGGACAGAAAUUACAGACAGCUGUUGUAUAAAAAACCUCUGGACCCACGCAGUGAGGAACAGCUCAAGGAGAUUCGCAGGCUGUACCAAUAUGUUAUGUUUGCUGUGGAAGAUGUGAAUGACGUUCUUGACGUGGAAUGGGAGAAACACCUGGAGAAGAAGAAAAAGCAGAAACACAUGGUCGUGCCAGGGCGUGAAGGUUUGUUCACGACACUGGCCAACAACCUGUACAUAAUCAACCAGCAGAAAAACCGACUGGACCAGUUGAUUAAGGAACUCACCUCCCUGCGUCUCUACAACAAGGCCACUACUCCAACUAUCAACCGCAAUACUGCUGCAGCAACAACUGCUGGGUUGGAAAGCGAGCUUGAGAGUUUAAGGGAAUCACUCCUAAAAGCCAGGCUGGACACCACCCCUCCUAAAGCCAAAUCCAAAUCUCCAGCAGUCAAGAUUUCACCAGUUAAACAAUCCCAGCUGCGUAACUUUCUCUCAAAGGGACAGAUGCCUCCUGUUCGCUCUACUGCACCAGCGAACCUGUCUCGCUCAGCCUUCCUUUCACCUAAAUACUAUGAGGACUUGGAUGAUGUGAGCUCUACAUCCUCCCUGUCCCAGUCCCUGGACCCUCACCCAGCUCAUUUGGAGCUGGAAGAGGAAGAACUACAGCCAGAGCCUCUUCCCCUGACUGUCAUUCCUACAGCAUUGUCCACCCCCCGCCACCCCACAGUUGUGAGGACCCCCUCUAUCCAGCCAGGCUUCGGGGCCAUCCAGUCCACACCUUUAACCAAAAUUCACUCAGUCCCUGGUGUGGGUUUUGGACUCAGCCCGAUUGCCAGCCCUGUUCCAAGUAAUAAGAUCAACCUCAGCGGGGCGGAUAGCACUGCGCUUGCCACAAAGACAGUCAAACAUGGAGCCCCACCAGCUGAGAGGACCAUCCCUGUCACAAUGCCCGCCCAGCAGGCUGCAGCCACCGCUGCUCUACGCAGGCAGAUGGCCAAUCAGAAACCAGCUGUCGUCAGCGCUUCCCUGACAGAGUCCACUUUGAAGACGGUUCCUCAGGUGGUCAAUGUCCAGGAGCUCAAGGACAAAGGGCCUCCUAUGCCUGUUGCCAAUAUCUUGAGCUCAUCAGUAGCAGAUCCAGCAGCUCAGGUCUUUGCAACAGUUGCAUCCAACCAGGCCAAACGAAAUCCUACCCAAGGUAUCCAGAAGAUGACUGCUGAAAGUACAACCUCCCCACAGACAGGCUUCGUGUUUGGUCAACCAUCCAAAACAGAUGUUUCCGUGGCUCCUGCUAGCUCAGCAGAUCAAAGCAGCAGCAAAGGGUUCUCCUUCACAUCAGGGUCCACAGGCUUCAGCUUUCCCUCAGUUUCACAGGGAGCUGGAAUGUCACAAGUGAAAGAUGUGAGUAAAUUCUCCUUUGGCGGAAAUGGGAAGAUGCUGUUCAGCCAACCUGGAGAGGACUCAUUCUCCCGUGCUCUUGGCACUGCGUCUCCCACGCUGCCUCCAAACACGUCAGCAGACAAACCCACCUCCACCACACCUGCCCUCAGGGUAGAGCCACAGCCCCCAAAGACAGUUGGAGGAGAGACUCUGGGCAGUUUCUCUGGACUACGCGUGGGCCAAGGAGAAGAAGCCAAAGAUUCAUCCAUCAAACCCGCUGCUGCCUCAUUUGCCUUUGGGGAAACUGGACUUGGUAUGGGCAAGGUAUCAGCACAGUUUAGCUUUGCUGCAGGUCUCCAAAAGCCUGCAGAAGAUGCAACAGUAGCCGAUUUGUCAAAGGGGGCAGCAACAGGGAGUUUGUUCAAACCUCCUGAAUCGACCCCCAAGCCAGCCUUCUCUGUUCCCCAGCCUAGCUCUAGUACUUCAGCUUUACCUACGUCUUUUAGCAGUCUUCUUUCAGCUCCUUCAGAGUCCUCAGAGGAACCAAAAGCUCCCACACAACCUUCUGAACCCACCCCGCCACCUGAAAAAGAACCUGCUCUUGAACCUGCUGUAGAGAGAGCCAGUCCCCUUGUAGCACCUGAGCCUGCAGAGGAUGCUUCCACCACCGGGACCCCAGCGGCCACACCUACAGCCCCAGCACCCACACCUCCUCCAGCCACAACUUCAGCUACCCCUGACCCUCCCUCUUCCAUCACCGCACCAACUGAGGCAACCCCGCCACCACCAGCCAGUGCGGCUCCCACAGUAGAGGCCACCCCAGACAGCACCACCACUACUACCGCUGCUCCGGUGCCCACUUCAGCUGCCACCACCCCCGCUGCAGCACCUGUCGCCCAGGUAGCUCCACCAGCAUUCCAGGUCCCCAGUUCUGACAAACCAGGCUCCAUUUUUACCCAGCCUGCUCCUGCUACAACAGACAGCACCACCAUUGAGGUUACACCAGUUAUCAGCACAGUUAGCCCUGCUGCUGCCACCACCUCCACCCCCACUGCUGCCGGUGUAACAACUACCGCUGCUAGCACUGUGUUUGGGCAACCUGCUGCGCCUCCAGCAUCCUCAGCUCCUACAGCCCCAGCAACCCCUGCAGCCCCAGUAUCUACAGGGUUUGGCUCAGCUGGGUUCGGCGCGUCAACUGGGGCUAGUUUCGGCAAGCCCGUGUUUGGCCAGGCAAGUGGCUUUGGCCAGCCAGCCAGCAACACGGGAUCAGCCAGCGGCUUUUCUUUUGGCCAGUCAGCAUUUGGAGCCAGUUCUAACAAUGCAACUACUGGAGGAGGUCUUUUCGGUGCUUCUACUGCGAGCAGUGCCAAUUCAUUCUCCUUUGGCACAAGCAGUGCUAACACAGCCAGCAGCACUGGCUCAGGGCUGUUUGGACAGAGCACCGCACCUGCAUUCGGCCAGAGCUCUGGAUUUGGGCAAGGGUCUGUGUUUGGUAGUAACACCACCACAUCCUCAUCUUCAGGAUUCAGCUUUGGACAGCCCUCAGGUCAGUCUUUUGGCUGCUCAUCCGGCCAGUCUGUGUUUGGCCAACAACCCAGUGGUGGGAAUUUAUUUGGACAGCAGCAGCAGCCAUCAUCUGGUGGGAGUCUGUUCGGUUCAAGUUCAGCCAAUGCAGCCGGCUCAGCUGCUGGUGGAGGGUUCUUCAGUGGCCUGGGAGGUAAACCGAGCGAAGACGCUGCCAACAAGAACCCAUUUGGCGCGCCUGCUGCCGGCGGUGGGUUUGGGCAGCCUGCUCAGACAGGUGCCACCAGUCUGUUCGGGAACAGUGGUGCCAAGACCUUUGGUUUUGGACAGUCAUCCUUUGGUGAGCAGAAACCUAGUGGGACGUUCAGCACUGGUGGAGGGACUGUUGCAUCCCAGGGAUUUGGCUCCUUCUCUUCUCCGUCAAAGCCAGGAGUCCAAGCAGAACUGUUCAACCCAGGAACCCCCAGUGGUUUCGGCAGCGCUCCAGUGUUUGGGAGUCCUCCUUCCUUUGGUAGUGCCCCGGCAUUUGGUGGUGGAGCAGCGUUUGGCACGAACGCUUCCUUCAACAGCAACAUGGGUUCCUCCGCUGGAAAAGUGUUCGGAGAGGGAACAGCAGCUUCCAACAUGGGCGGAUUUGGAUUUGCCUCCCCUCCCAGUGGCCCGUCCUUUGGCUCCCUAGCCACUCAGAGCGCUCCGUCAUUCGGGGGCCUGGCCCAGCAGGGCUCUGGGUUUGGACAGCAGCCCAGCAGCUUCUCGGGCUUUGGACAGCAGCCACAGGCAGGAGGGUUCUCUGGAGGAACCUUCGGGUCAGCAAACCAGUAAGUGAGAUCAGGUCCUCAAACAUUUUCCAGUUGGAGAAGUUAGUUUCAUGAGAUCUUCCGUUAGCCGGACGUCGCUGCCGCAGUGCUUUUUCUGCAAUCAAGCUCUUUGUGCCUUACAGAAGACAGAAGGACAACGGGGAAGAUUGUAUUAACUUUGGAUUUAAAGUGAAUUAGAAGAAAGAUUUAGAAGCAUUUUCUCUGGGGAAACAUUUUUGUAUAUUUUAGAAAAAAACAGUGUGCUGUCAUUCUAACAUACAUGAUCAUAAUUGAAGUACAUAUAAGCAGAAGAUGUGUUUUUUUUUCAACAUUUCUGAGUGUUAACAGUUUGAUGAAAUGAAAAUCGCUGUAUGCUUUUACACAGUAACGCAGUUUACACACUUGUCAGUUUACAGUUUACUUGUUGUCAUUCAUUCUCCACUGGGGUUUGUGUCUGCAGCAUAUUUAAAGUCUCUGUUUCUGCACAUUAAAACAUGGAAAUGCCAAAAAAAAGCUUCUGAAAUUAAAAGUUUUUCAGUCUAACACAUCGUUCAGUCAUGGAAUGUUAAAACAUGCAAGCUCAAAAAGAAUGUACCAAAAUGAAACAAACCCCAUAUUUUGAGCUGUUAUUGUAAAAAAACAAAUGUUGUGGUUUGAGAUAGAAAAAGUCCUGUUUUCUCUUAUUCUUUGCAUUACGAGAUGGAUAUUUUUACAUGGCAAAUGUAAAUUAAUGUAGUCGUGCUUCACUGAGUCAUUCUGGUGAUGAUGAAAGUAAUAAAAACACAUCAUUCAAUCUGA